GUUACGAUAUAUCAAGUGGCUGGGCCCGGUUUAUCGAAACGACAAUGGUGUUUUCGGCCAAUGAUGAGACGAAGCAAGGAAUAGUGAAACACUCUGUUCACAAGAACAACACAAUUGCUCGUACCAUGCAUCUCCGAUGUCAGUUGAGUACCACUUUGCUUUACCGAUUUGCAGCGGGUUUUGAUCCAAGUCCCGGGUCAUGAAUCUCAGCAAGACCAGCGUAGGCCGGGAACUGAGUUGAGCAACCAUCUAUAAAAGUGUCAGUUCGCUAUGGAUCAUGAUGAAUUGCAACAACAAUCACUCAUCCAUUCAACACAAACUCCAUCUCGAAAACAACCAAUAUGUCCGCCUCUUUCGACCUCGCAAAGCCCAACAGGACCAUUCACAUCGGUGUCAUUUUGAUGAACAGCGAGACCGAGAUCCUCGACGUCGCUCCUAUUGAUUUCUUGUACGGGCUCUCCAAGAAUGCGUGGAAGAGCAGCUUUGAAGGCAUUGCGCCUGCCAAGCUCGAAUCGGAGACUAUGGGUAUGGAAUUUCACUGGGUCUCUGAGAAAGGGACCUCUUCACCCUGCAUCUUGACAAGUGGUAUCAAGAUUGUGGCUACGGACUCUUUUGAUACUUGCCCUCCACUGGAUAUUGUUCUCAUGGGUGCGAAUUCCGCUCGCUACACUCCCAACGAAGCUGAACUUGCCUUCGUGCGCAAAGCCUACGACGAAUGCUCUGCUUUCCUUGUCAUCUGCGGCGGCAUCCUCAUUCCUCUCCAGGCCGGUAUCUUGAACGGAAAAACGGCAACUGGUCCGAUUAUUUUGCUCGACACUGUCCGGAAACAAGCCCCGGAGGUUAAAUGGGUCACCAAGCGCUGGGUCAGAGACGGAAAACUGUGGACGAGCGGUGCGCUCCUCAAUGGCACGGAUAUGAUGACCAAUUUCAUGAAGCAUUAUUGGGGCGGCGAAGGUGGCUUUGUUGACUUUUUGAGCAAGCUCGGUGCUUGGCCUGAUCGUGAUGUUGAUUAUAAGGAUGCUGAUUUCACGGGACUUCUGUGA